AUGAGUGUAUGUACUCUUCAGGAUCCACCGUAUGAACCUCCUUCUGUCUCAGAGCUGCAGGAGUUCCUGCUGGCAAACAGACGACAUGGACAUGUCAAUCAAGUUUGGCCUAACCUCUACAUAGGCAACGUGGUGGCGGCUCGUGACAUGGGCGCUCUCCACAGUCUGGGGAUAACUCACAUUGUUAAUGCUGCUCACCGACCAGCCAACCACGGCGCCGGGCCCAGUUUCUACGUCAACACCGGCCCACGUUUCUACAGAGACAUGACAGUGGAUUAUUAUGGGGUGGAGGCUGAUGAUGCAAUAGAGUUCAUCCUGAGUCCUUUCUUUUACCUGACAGCACGAUACAUCAGAGCCGCACUGGUCAUGGGAGACAAGACGGGUGUUUGUCCACUGACUGAUGGGCAUGAGCCGCUCAGCCACUUUGGUGCUGGCUUUCCUGAUGAUUGCUGAAGGCCUGAGGCUGCAGGAGGCGGUGGCUGCCGUAAGGCCGCACAGAGGACAUCUGUCCCAACCAAGGCUUCCUGCUGCAGCUCCGCAGCCUCGACAAGGGCCUGGAGAGGGAGAGGAGGAGGCGACGACAGGCCCAAACACUGUAAAGACACACACAAAGCCAAAUACAUCUACAUUAUGCACACACAUACUGUAUGUAUUGCUACAGAGGUC